CCGGGAGCACUGCCAAGGCUCUCCGCCCUCUCCUGGCUCCGCCGCUGCUGCCGCGAUCGCUGCCCCGAGCUCCGCGAGCAUGGAGGUGCAGCUGGGGGUCGGUCGCGUCUACCCGCGACCGGCGGGCAGGACCUUCCGCGGGGCUUUUCAGAGCUUUUUCCAGAGCGUCUGCGACGCUUUCCAGCCGCCGCUAGACGAACCGGGCCCCGGGCAGCCGCCGCUAAGCGCGCCCUGCCCGCCGAGUCCCCGGCCGCCGCCGGAGUCCCCCGCCUGCCUGCCGCCCCCGCCGGGCUGCCUGCCGCCCCCCGAGCCCCGCGCCGUCGGUAAGGCGCUGCCGGCCGCCGGCCCCGCCAUGGGCUCGUCCUUCCCAUGCGCCGGAGAGCUGAGGGAGCUGCUGGGCGAGGCGGGAGCGAUGCCGCUGCUGCCGCCGCCCGAGACCGAACCGGCGGACAAAGAAGACGCUCUGGGCGACAGUGCCCGGCAGUUGAGCCGCGCCGUGUCCGCCUCCAUGGGGCUGGCGCUGGAGGCUCUGGAGACCCCGGCCGAGCCGCUGCCCCGAGAGGACUGCAUGUUCGCCGUGCCCACCGGGCCGCCCCGCGCCCCGCGGCCGCCCGCCCGCGAUCCCUCGCCCGCCUUCGAGGCCGCCCUGGCCGCAGAGCCGCCCGCCGGGCCGGGGCUGCCCCGCGGCUUCGGCCGCGUCAAGCUGGAGAGCGCGGCGGGGCCGGCCGCGGGCUGCGGCUGGGGCGGCCCGUGUCGCUUCGGGGCCGAGCUGGUCCCGCCGGGCCCCGCGCCCCCCUGGCCCACCUUCUUCGCCGAGGAGGGACAGCUCUACGGGCCGUGCCCCGAGCCGCCCGCCGGGCCUCCCGAGUGCCCUGCUGAUGCCUGGUACCCACCGGGCCGGGCGCCUUUCGCCGCCCCCGCCCCCGGCAUCAAGAGCGAGCUGGAGCCCUGGGUCGAAGGCUACGCCGGCGCUUACGGCGACCUCCGGUUGGAGGCUGGCCAUGACCAUGUCCUGCCCAUUGAUUAUUACUUCCCACCUCAGAAGACGUGUCUGAUCUGUGGAGAUGAAGCAUCUGGGUGCCAUUACGGAGCCCUCACAUGUGGGAGCUGCAAAGUGUUCUUCAAACGGGCAGCUGAAGGUAAACAGAAGUACCUCUGCGCCAGCCGCAAUGACUGCACCAUCGACAAGUUCCGAAGGAAAAACUGUCCCUCCUGCCGCCUGCGGAAGUGCUACGAGGCCGGGAUGACUCUCGGAGCCCGCAAGCUGAAGAAGCUGGGUAACCUGAAGGCACAGGACGAUGUGGAGGGAGCCAGCUCAUCCAGCCCCACGGAGGAGCAAGCUCCCAAGCUGGUGAUGACACGCAUUGAUGGCUACGAGUGCCAGCCCAUCUUCCUCAACGUCCUGGAGGCCAUCGAGCCCGGCGUGGUGUGUGCUGGCCACGACAACAGCCAGCCUGACUCCUUCUCCAACCUGCUGACCAGCCUGAAUGAGCUUGGGGAGCGGCAGCUGGUCUACGUGGUUAAAUGGGCAAAGGCCCUGCCAGGAUUUCGCAAUCUGCAUGUGGACGACCAGAUGUCAAUAAUCCAGUACUCGUGGAUGGGCCUGAUGGUGUUUGCUAUGGGGUGGAGAUCCUUCACCAAUGUCAAUUCCAGGAUGCUUUACUUUGCUCCAGACCUGGUCUUCAAUGAGUACCGCAUGCACAAAUCCAGGAUGUACAGCCAGUGCAUCAGGAUGCGGCACCUCUCCCAGGAAUUUGGGUGGCUUCAGAUCACACCCCAGGAGUUCCUCUGUAUGAAGGCUCUCCUGUUCUUCAGUAUUAUUCCAGUGGAUGGCCUGAAGAACCAGAAGCUCUUCGAUGAGCUCCGCAUGAAUUACAUUAAGGAACUUGACCGUAUCAUUGCUUGCAAGAGGAAGAACCCCACCUCCUGCUCCCGGAGGUUUUACCAGCUCACCAAGGUCCUGGACUCCGUGCAUCCGAUUGCCAGGGACCUGCAUCAGUUUACAUUCGAUCUCCUAAUCAAGGCACACAUGGUGAGCGUGGACUACCCGGAAAUGAUGGCCGAGAUCAUCUCUGUGCAGGUUCCCAAGAUCCUGUCUGGAAAAGUCAAGCCUAUCUACUUCCACGCACAGUGAUCUUUCAGAGGGACCCCCGUGCUGCCACCCCCAUUCCAGCCAUCUCCUGCCUGUUAUUUCUGCACUACUGUCCUGCAGUGCCUUGGGGAAUCCCUCUGCGGUGGUGGCCAAGGGGACGGGCAGUGACAGAGCUGCUGGGAUUCCUGAGAUAACUAUUUUCCCGAGGUACCUCUGAACUGAACCCCUGGCGCUGGCCUCUGCCUGGCUCCAGCUGCUCAUGGUGCUGGAUGGGGGCAGUGGCACCAUGUCUGAGUGUUCUCCUCUGUUUGUCACUGUGACUCCAGCAGCCCAGGGCCACGGGACAACAGGAGGAGUGCCAGCAAUUGGUGGGUUUGGGGUGAUUUUUAUAAAAAGAACACAACACAAAGCAGGUUGCAGCUCCACAUUUGGGUGUGGGUUAUGUUGCCAGCCUCCAUCUGGACGUUUUGUUUGCAUUAUGCUAUUGGGAAGCAGAUAAGUUCAAACAUUGCAGAAGAGAAGCAGAGCAGAGCUGGGGGACAAGGCAAAUUUGUGGCUGGGGAGUUCACGGGCCCUGCAGCCCCUGUGGGAUCUGCUCCAGUCAGCUCGGCCCUGGGACCUGCCUGUGCUGCCGAGACAUGAGCGAUGGAGCAGACAGGCUGCAGUGGAAGGCCUGCCAAGGAAGAUCACACUGGAAAUCUCCCAGUGGCAGUUCUCCACCUGGAAAUGUUUUUCCUCUGGCCUGUCCAGCUGGGUCUUGGUCUGCCCCGCAGACCCCCGGGUGCUCAGCAGUCCAUUCCUGUCCUCGCCAGCUGCUGCUCCCUGACAAAGCUGAACCCACCUCUGAAAGUGCCUGAUGCCCUCGGACCUCACACCUUCCUGGCUCCCCCAGGCACCUGCAGCCCCUGCCCCCACACCUGCUCUGCUCCUGUCGUGGCUCUGCAGACCUGGGAUUCCAGCUAUGCUCUUUCCUUUCAUUUGUCCCAAAUAUUUUGUCCCAACUAUUUUUUCCAAUGCCAGCAGAUAAGUGUUCUGGAGUCAAGACCAAGGCCAGGGUCUGUGGGACCUGUGGGACCAUGGGACCCCUCUCUGAAUCCUGUCCAUGGGGAGGUGACAGUGGGAACUGGCUGGUGCCACCACGGUGCUUUGCGGGGCUGGAAUGGAAGCACCAAGGGAGCCCCUGCUCUUGGAAGCAGCACACACAACUCCUGCUGAUGGCAGCGGCUGAUUGCAGCCCAGAAGGACACCAGUUGGUGCUCUCACUGUCCCAUGGCCCUGUAUGCACCACACCAUCCCUUACACAUCAUCCCACACACGCCACCCCAUGUGCAUCGCCCCACACACCCAGCCUGUCUCCAGCAUACACACAGCGGCUGAGCCUACGUGCCCUGUGUUAUUUUAGUUCCCCGCUUCCUGCACAUCCUGAGUACUUCAAAACCACCUGCUCAGAUCCAGGCAGGCUGUCAGUGACGGCACACGCACGGGCUGGUACCAGGGUCACACGUACCAUCAUGGUCUGGCAUUACCAACCCAGACAUCUACAAGGGAUCCUAGUGCUGGCACAGACAGCAAACCCUGCGCCCUCCCAGGGCAGUGAUCCCACCCAGAGCCCUGUGCCCACCUGGAGCCCUGAUCCCACCCAGAGCCUGUGCCCACCCUGUACCCAGCUCUCCAGGAUAUGCCGUCAUGGUGCAGCUGCUCCUUUACAUACUUGGAGUAAAACAAACAAUUUUCCCGAUACUUUCCAUACUUUUGAUGGGAUUUUCAUUAUAUGAAGGAGUGGGGAAAAAGUCCCUGUUGAAGGGGAGGAUAUUUUUUUGAAGUGCUUUUCAUUCUUCUGCUAGAAAUGGCUCUGAUCCCUCUCCUCCUCCUGAAACCCUCUUAUGUAGGCAGCAACAGAAUCCAUAGGUGAACUUUCUGGCUGGUAGCCAGCAGGUUGCUGCUCUCAGAAGCUCCCACAUGCCAGGGGGCUGCUUGCAUUUUCAGUGCUGGUGUGAGCUACAGAUAUUUGCAAAUGAACUGGUAAAAAAUUCCAGCUGGUGCAUCCCUGUCUUCUGGAAAUUUCCCCGGCUCUUCACAGCAGAGCUCAGUGAGCAGAUGAGUGGUGAUUCCCAGUCCCUGUUAUCAUCUCAGGAUGACUCCAAGCAGUUGGAACAGCAAUUUGGGAUAGCUUUGUGCUUCACACAGGCUCGUGUAGGUGAAAGUUUUGUUGGUUAAUAAGUGUGGAAGUGUCCUGCUGGGUGCUCAUCUGCUGGAAGACUGGAAAGGGGCCAAACCUAACAGGGAUUUGCCCAUCCUCUUUUGCUGGUGGGAGCACCGUGUGAAUGAGAAGUGGGGGAGAGGGGAAAGGAUUCUGCCCAUGUGUCACCUGCCCCAGAUGUGUCACCUGGUGUGAAGCUGCUCUGGAUGGCGAGUGCUGAUUGGGGCAGGAGCUCACAGGGAGCACCCCCAGCCCAGAACAGAGGGGCAGUCUGGGGCAUUGAGGUCAUGUUCUCUGUCUUUUCAGCAUCACAGUAAACUUCUGCAACUUGUUCAUUCAAAAGUUGGGUUUCUACAAUAUAAUUACCAGGAAAUGUGGGAGCCAGGACUUGCAGCACCUGUAUGUGUAUUUGCUGGGGGUAUUAAUGCUGUUUCCAUGUGGAUUUUCAUGAGCUGCUGCGGGAACUGGGGAAGAAGAGGCUUUAAGAAAUACCAAAGUCCAGCUGCUGCCAUUUAUCUUUAUGCUUUUUAUUUUCUUCUGCGUUUUCUUGUCUACUUUUGCUUUAAUAAAGCAAGGAGAAUUUCACGGUGUUCAUAGUCCCGAAGAAGCUGUCCCUGAGGCUCUCCGUGGGCUGGCUGCGCCCUGGAGUGGGGAUCCCUUGGGUGUCACAGCUGAGAGCCAACAAUCUCCGUGUUCCCCUGUGGAUUCCCUGACUCUGCUCUGGCUCACCUCAGAGGUGUGGGGGCUUCUGAGCUGCCUCAGUCUGGGUUGUGGCUCAGCCCAUCCACUCCUGCCCAAGGCGGCAGAUGGAGGACGAGGGAUACAGAAGCUGGCAUCUCCCUGGAAGCAGUGUUUGUGGAUGGAUGGGCACCAUUCCAUAACAGAGGGUGUGGGAUAAAGGAUGCUGCCUUCAGUGAGGGCAGGAGGGAUGCUUCCUCAGCCCUGUGUCACACCAGCAGCAGUGAGACAGGUCAAAUGGUGCAAUGGCAUGCAACAUUCCCAGGGUAGGGAUCACCGACCUGUGCUCACCUGAGCCUGACAGGCUGCUGCCAGCACCCCCUGCCUCAGCAGGGAGCUCAGCUCAGCAGGAGAAGGAUCCAAGACAGCAGCUCUCUGCUUGGAGAGGCUGUGGUUGAGUCUGGAGAACCUGCAGCAUCCACAUGCCACUGCCAUAAUGUCCAAGAGACGCUUUGUGCUUGGCUGCGGGAACAGGGUGCUCGGUGAGGAGGUGAAACUGUGUCAGGGCCCUCCCUGUGGAACCACUCCUUGCUCUGGGCCGUGGGGUUGUUGCUGUGGUCUGUGGGGAAUGCUGAGGGGUACCUGAGGCGUUGCCUGCUUUCCAGCCAGCCCGAGAGCUGCUCCCACCAGCGGCCAGCCCUGCAGUCCCCAUGGUGUUCCCUCCCCUUGCUGAGCUCUCGCCCUGGAUGUUUCAAUAACAUGAUGUAUGCUAAAAUUAUCUAUCUCUAUAUAGAAUAAAGGCAUGGCCCAUUUUCUAUUGCUAAAGAUACCUAUUUAGUGACUUGCUCUAAGAGUCUUCUCUGGUCGCCCACUGCGGUAGUGGAUGCUUUGCAGGAGAUGAGUCAGAACGUGCCAAUUUAAUGGUGACUUUUCAUUAUUUUUCUGGCUGGGUGCUCCCCAGUUUACAAAGGUCUCCCCUUUUGUGGCAUGUACAGAGCACACGCUGGCAUAGGCUGGGGUCACUAUCAGCUUCUCCAGCUUUCCUGUGUCUUCUUGAGGUUAGACAAGGGACAGCGUUUGCGUUCGGGGAACAACGGAGUGUCCUUUGUUCCUUCCCUCUUUGACUUGCACAAAGUGUCCUCACAUAUUUGGGCAGAGUGCUGGGAUUACAGAGCGUGGCUGUGUUCUACCUGUUUGCAGGCCCAGGGCUGGCUGGGGGCAGACAGGGUGUCCUGGCCCCUUCGGGAGGGUCAGAGCCUCCCCUGCCCACUGGCGCCUGCUCCCUGCCCUCCUUCCCCUCAGCAGCAGAGGGACGCUGUGCUUGUGACUCGCCGAGUAAAGUCUCUGCACCCACAUAAACCCUUAGCAAGUGGAUAAAAGCUUCUCUCUGUGCCAGAUAUUUGGUGUUCCGUGGCAAUUUUAUGCUGUUUCUCUUUGUUAACAUGUCUCUGUAAUGGUAAGAGUUCUCUAUUUGAUAUGUUUUACUUUUUUUGUAAUAAGCCAAAAAGCUCAUUGCUGGUGCCUUUUUGCCUGGGGGGCCCUCCCAGCCCACAGCUGUGUUCCUGGGAGUAAGAAAGGCCAGUGUCUGCAAUUGCUCCUUCCACUGAGGGAAAGAGAGAAGUCAAUGCCACAGCAUUGACAGAAGGAAAAGAGCCAGCAGCCUUGGCAUGGCAAAGAGACUUUGUUGUAUGAUGCUGGUUAUUUCCUGGGGCCUGGCUCCAAGGUGAGGGCUGAGCAUGAUACUGCAGAUGCCUUGGGCCCAUUUCGGUGGGACUGUGAUCCUGGAGACCCCACAAACCUCAUGAUGCAGGUGCAGUGCACACAGCCUGGUCUGGCUUAUUUUGGAACCGCGGUGCUUUGCCCAAAUUAUAGCAUUACCUGAGGGCAAGUUCUCCCAGAGAAGGAACUGGGUGGAUUGCUGACACAGCUGGGUUUUGUUGUUAUUGUUGUUUUAUUUUUAUUGGGGUUUUUUUAAUUGGAACUGAAAGGAUUGGACAAGGAAGAGAGAGCCCCACAAUGUUCUGGUACCACGGGGGCUGGACCAUGGUGAUAGAUGCUGCUGGGGCCAAUGGGGUGCAGUGCAGGAUGCCCUGAGGACAACUGCAGCUCACAUGGUCAAGAAACCAGUGGCACCUCGCUGGGGAUAAAUGAAAACUCUCAUUUCCCUUUCAGCAAUGCCUGGGCCCCAUGCGAGCCCCCAGCCAUGUGAUGGAGCGGCCCCUCACGCUUGGUGUUCAGCUCGUUUUUUAAUCUGAAAAUCUGCUGUUAUUCUGAGUCCAAUAAAUGCAGAAUCUGGUUUGCUGGAGCUUUAUCCUCUGCCUGCAUUUGGCUUUUGUAUCGAUUUUGUGCAUGAAAUUGCUGUGGGUGUGAUGGCUGCCAGCAAGCAAAGGCGCUGAGAAUCCGUGGGUCAUUUUCCGGUAGAUGAGGGUGUACAUUGGGUCAUUGUAGGCUUCCUUUCACAGUCAGAUCUCACUAUUAAUCACGUCUGAACUCAUAAUUCAAUUACAUAUCAAUUGGCUAAUCUUUUCAUAUAUUCCUCUUUAGGUCUUUUAAAUUGAAUUUCAGUUGAUUAAUGUAUUUCUUGAAGCAAGGAGCUAAUAAAGGCCAGUGUCCUCCUGCUCUUGUCAUUGUUUUUGGCAUCUUUAUGAACAUUUGUAAAUCCAUUUUUCUGGAACGUCUUUAUAAAAUUGACCUAUGCUCUCCAAGUAAUAAAGAAGAUGCUUAUCAGCCACUUGUUAAUUCAA